CAUUUUUUGGCUACUGUGUUUUUAUUCUCGCGACCACCAGCCUAAGAUCUGUGUGGAAUACAUAAAGAAAUAACUAAUUCAUAAUUUACGCUAGUUGAUGUUCUGCGCCGGUGCAAAAUGGCUGCCAUAAUACUAACAAGGAACAUGCAGCUAGCAAAGCACCAUAGCAGUGGCGUUGUGGGAGUGGUGUGCGUGCGUGGCUAUGCUGCCGCGCCUGAUGCGGAUGCGCCCCGCCCAUUAAGAACCACUAAUCCCGCUGCGAUGAAACGGGGCACAGGUGGCAGGAGCAGUUUUAAUGGCAUUGUGGCCACAGUCUUCGGUGCUUCCGGCUUCGUUGGACGCUAUGUGUGCAACAAGUUAGGCAAAUCUGGCACACAGAUGAUUCUGCCCUACCGUGGUGACGACUCGGAUAUCAAUCGUCUGAAGGUCUGCGGUGAUCUCGGCCAAGUGUUGUUCCAUUUCUACAAUCUAGAGGACACACGUUCCAUUCGUGAAGCUGUCAAAUACUCGAAUGUAGUAAUUAACCUCGUGGGCCGUGAUUACGAGACGAAAAACUUUAAAUUCAAGGAUGUGAAUGUAAAUGGAGCUGCACGCAUUGCCAGCAUUUGCCGUGAUGCUGGUGUCGACCGCUUCAUUCAUCUGUCAUCGCUUAAUGUGGAGCCCAAUCCGAAGGCGCUGUACGUGAAGGGCGGAAGUAAGUGGUUGAAGAGCAAGUACGAGGGCGAGCUGGCUGUGCGUGAUGCUUUCCCAAAUGCUACGAUUAUUCGUCCAGCUGAUAUAUAUGGAUCAGAGGAUCGAUUCUUGCGUUAUUAUGCACAUAUUUGGCGUCGUCAGUUCCGCUCCAUGCCGCUGUGGCGCAAGGGCGAACACACGGUGAAACAACCCGUCUUUGUUUCGGAUGUAGCUCAGGCUAUUAUUAAUGCAGCCAAGGAGCCAGAUAGUGCAGGUCGCGUUUAUCAGGCUGUGGGACCCAAACGGUAUCAGCUCAGCGAAUUGGUUGAUUGGUUCCAUCGCUUGAUGCGUAAGGAUCAAAAACGUUGGGGUUAUCAGCGUUAUGACAUGCGUUGGGACCCCACUUUCCUACUAAAGGCUAAAUUGACCCACUGGAUAUGUCCAGGUGCUCCCGUUGGCGGCUUGCAUCCGGAACGCAUUGAACGCGAAGCGAUCACCGAUAAGGUGAUACCCGGUGUGCCAACGCUGGAGGACUUGGGCGUGCAACUGACUAACAUGGAGGACCAGGUGCCAUGGGAACUGCGUCCAUAUCGUGCUGCGCUGUACUACGAUGCCGAAUUGGGUGAAUUCGAGACACCAAAUCCACCAAAGGUCAUUGGAGCGCGUGAGGAGCUACGUUUAUUUGCCGAAGCAUAAAGUGUGUUUGCGUGUAAAUUGGAAAUUGUUCGUAAAAAUUGCUUAAAGCGCGUGCUGUAAUCAAUUAAAUAUAUUAAAAUUAAACGAAAUAUAACGAAAGCAUCGUUAAAUGCAA